GUAAUAGACUGUAUAUUUUAUAUAUAAAAGCUCCCAAUAGAUAUGGCUAGCUUUUCAUUGGUUUACAUUGCUGGCCAAUCAGCAUUGAGUACUGCUUUAAAUUAAGAAGUGCAAUCAUCGAUUUUUUUUUGAAUUUUUUCAGCACUUCCUAUUUGUCAUCCAUUCAUACAACAGAUGGAUAAAAAUACGCUGAACAUAGUUCAAUGUGACCAUUAUUGAUAAUAUUUGUAUGUUACGUUAACUAACUGCGUUUUAUUCGCUCUUCUAAGCUGAUCAUUUAUCUGUUGAUGUUGAUGACACAUCCUAUCACUAGUUUUUUAUAUAAAUGAACUCAAACUACGCCGGUAUUACUAUAUUCAUUAAUCAAUUAGACGAUUACUAUCCAGUUACACAUAUUGAAGAAAUACACUUUCAGUAUAUCAUAUACAGAAAUGCAUUUCAUUGAACAAUUCUCAUCGGAAAAAGUAUUUACAGAAUAAACCAAUACAAAUUUAAUAUUAUUCCAAACUAUUGUGAUGGAUGUUCCAUCGGAAAAGGAGGAAGUAAAUUUAGAAGAUAGUCAAUUGAGAAAAAUGGGAAAAUCAGUGGAUGAAAAAGAGUCGACAAUACAGAAAUCAAAUUCUUUUAGAAAUAUGUUCAAACAGUUGGCUUGGAAAAGUUUAGAUAAUUCUAGACGACAAAAAGGCAUACUAACUGGUGAUUAUUCAGAACCACUUUGGACAGUUGUUCUUGCCAAGAAAGAGACAAACAAUACAAUGAAGGCUGAGGACAAUGAUUCAAUCUCAGCAUUGGGUUUUUAUCGAUCAAUUGAAAGUCAACCAGAACAACAACCAUGGGGUAAGAAAGCAAUUCCUAUGGUUAGUGAUUUGGUGUUACGUACAAUGGCUCAGAAACGUACCUUAACUUCAUUGUCGUCUAGUCUAGCCAGUUGGACAUUAACAGAUCAAGAAUUGAAAAUGCAUGUCUAUAGAAAAGCAUUACAAGCCUUAGCCUAUCCAAUAUCAAGUAAUACACCGCAUAAUUUUCAACUGUUUAGCGCAACUAGUCCAACUUAUUGUUAUGAAUGUGAAGGUCUUCUAUGGGGUGUAGCUAGACAAGGUUUACGAUGUACAGAAUGCGGUGUAAAAUGUCAUGAUAAAUGUAAACGUUUACUCAAUGCAGACUGUUUACAAAGAGCUGCUGAGAAAUCUUUACGUCAUGGUGCUGUCGAUAAAGCUCAAGCUGCAAUGGAAGCAAUUCAUGCCUUAAUUCAACGACGUAUAACUGAAAGAUCAGAUAUAUUUGAAUUUUUAGCAAAUGUUUUUCAAAUUGAUGUUCAUUCUAAUAUACACUUGAAUGCUUUAGAAUUUGCUCAAAAAAGUAUUGUAGCCGGUGCUAGUCAAUGGUCAGCUAAAAUUGCUAUAACAGUUAAAUCUGCACAAGGUUUAAUUGGUAAAGAUAAAACUGGACGAAGUGAUCCCUAUGUGACAGUACAAGUGGGUAAAGUUCGUAAACGUACAAAAACUGUUCUACAAGAAUUAAAUCCAACAUGGGAUGAAAAAUUUCUUUUUGAAUGUGACAAUGCCUCGGAACGAAUUAAGCUUCGUGUUUGGGAUGAAGACAAUGAUUUGAAAUCGAAAAUCAGACAGAAAUUUACAAGAGAAUCAGAUGAUUUCCUUGGACAGACAAUUAUUGAAGUACGAACAUUGAGUGGUGAAAUGGAUGUCUGGUAUAAUCUUGAAAAACGAACAGACAAAUCAGCAGUCUCUGGAGCAAUCCGUCUACAAAUAUCUGUUGAGAUAAAAGGUGAAGAGCAGAUGGCAUCAUUUCAUGUACAAUACACAGCAUUACAUGGUAGUAUAUUUUGUCAUCUAUGCAAAGAAAAUGAGCCAGUGUUCUUACCUGAUAGAACAAGUAUCACAAAUUUACAAACCAGUGGUAGUGAAGCAUGGAGAGUAUACUUCAAUCCAUUAGGGCAGGAGAUUGUUGAUGAAUUUGCUAUUCGUUAUGGAAUUGAGCCAAUAUUUCAGGCUAUGACACACUUUGCAUGUUUAACCGCAAAGUAUAAUUGUCCUGGUGUACCUGCUCAAUUGUCUGUUCUUUUGGCUAAUAUUAAUGCCUUUUAUGCGCAUACAACUUCAUCGAAUAGUCAAACAGCUAGUGAACGUUUCAGUGCAAGCAAUUUUGGUCGAGAGAAAUUUAUUAAAUUGUUGGACAGUUUAUACAUUGCUAUAAGAAUUGAUCUAUCCAAAUAUCGAACUGUAUUUCCUGCAUCUCAACCAGAAAGAUUGAUUGAUUUAAAAUCAACUGUAGAUCUACUCACCAGUAUCACAUUUUUUCGCCUUAAAGUUCAAGAACUCAGUUCUCCUCCAAGAACAGGUCAAAUACUACGUGAAUGUAUUGAAGCCUGUAUACAUGCAACUUAUCAGUGCCUUUGUGAAAAUGUACAUGAUUUAUAUGGGAAAAGCUUACAGGCAACCAAUAUAGAAUCGGGAACACCAGAAACUGGACCAACUGACAAUACAAGUGGUGGUGUCGGUGUUGGACAAUCACUUAAUGGUGAGCUGGAUCAGAUGGAUGGUAUGCGAUCUUUGACCUAUUGGCACCGACUAAUCACCCUUGUUGUCUCUGUACUCGAAGAUGAUCGAAAACACUACGCUCCAGUAUUAAAUCAAUUUCCUCAUGAGAUCAAUUUAGGCGAUAUGUCAGCUGAAAUGGUAUGGAAGUGUUUAUCUGAAGAUUUAGCCAAUGGUUUAGCUCAGCAUACAGUCAUAGCUAAAUACUACUAUAAUAAUAAUGAAGAGGACAAAUUACCUCAGAUGGAUAAACUACGAAAUGGAAAACAGAAUGGGAAAAAUGAAAUUGGCCUAAAAAGUGGAAUGCAUAAAAUUAAGUCAUCUGAUUAUAUGAAUCUUUGUUUUCGGGUAAAAUGGUUCUAUAAUACCUACAUAGCACCGCUAGCAAGGUUUAAAAAUGUUGUCCCACAAUAUCCACGUUGGUUCGAAGGUCUUGUAUUAAUUUGGUUAUCUGAGAAUGAUGAAGUAUCAGCUAAUUAUCUUCGCAAUGCAUAUGAUCGUGAUAAACAAGAUGGUUUCCAAUGUUCCAGUGAACAUGUAUUAUACUCAAACUCGGUUGUUGAUGUAUUCACUCAACUGAAUCAAUGUUUUGAUGUUAUUCGUAAACUUGAAUGCCCAGACAAAGAGGUGGAAGGACACUUUCUACAUAGAUUUUCACUGACUGUAGAAAAAGUUCUACUAGCCUAUGCAGAUCGUGUUUUAGCUGACUUUCCAAUGUAUAAAUCUGAUCAACGUGUUGCCUGUAUCCUAGUGAACAAUACACAACAACUUCGAGUUCAACUGGAAAAAGUUUAUGAGAAUAUGGCACGUGAAAGUCUUGAAACAAACACAAGAGAUCGUUUAAGUGCACUUCAAGGUCGGUUGAAUGAAGUUGUCGACAAGUUGGCUAUUCAAUUAACAGAUCAAUUUGAAGUCGGCGUACGUUCACAUGCACGUGAGUGUGGUAAACUAUUACAAAAGUGUAAACCAUCAUCAAGUGGUUCAGACAAUGCAAGUGGUCGUGGAAUUAGCAAAGAAGAUGAAGCCAAUGAGUGUUUACAACCAUUAAUGGAUCAUUUUGAGUCAAUUCUAUCAGUACUUGCAAAUAUCUGUGAUAAAACUGUACUGAAAAGGGUGUUAAAGCAACUAUGGAGAGUGACCAUGUAUAAUUUGGAGAAACUUGUUGUACUACCUGCUGUUACAGAUCAGAAACAAUUAGCUAUGGGAUUGAUAUUAAGUGGAAAUACAUCAGCAAAAUUAAUUGGAGGUGCACAAAGUCUACUCAGUCAUGUUGGUGGUCAAGUUGUACCAGGGAAAAUAUUAUCAGAUACAACACGUGAACCUGAAAAAGGACUUACACCUUAUCAAUGUGAAUUACUUGGUAUGUGUUUGAAUACAAUCAGAGUAUACUUUCAUGCUGGUGGUCGUGGAUUGAAACGAUCAUUCCUUGAACGAAGUCCUGAAUUGCAUAGUCUACGUCAAGUUUUAGCUCUUUAUUCACAAGCAACAGAUGAAUUAUUAAGAGAUUUUGUAGCAACACAAACUUCACAAGAUUAUUUAGCCAAUGAAGAACCAGUUGGACAUUUAACUUUACAAGUAGAAAUAUUUAAGCAUCCUGGUACCGGUGAAUAUAAAGUCAAUGUGAAAAUUCACACAGCCUCUGAUUUGAACUGGUCUCUUGCUUCAGGAAUGUUUAGACCAUUUGUAGAAGUUUUCAUGUUUGGCCCAUUAUUAUCUGAUCGUAAACGAAAAGCGGCAACAAAAUCGAAAUCAGUUACUACAAUGCCUGCCUAUCAUGAGACAUUUGUAUUUUUCCUAUCAAAUCAAAGUGAUCCAGAAUGGUAUGAAUUACAUUUAGCUGUGAAAGAUUAUUGUUUUGGUAGAACAGAUCGUCUUGUCGGUGUAACUGUUCUAUCAUUAUCUAGAGCAUUAAAUCUUGGUGCAACACCAAUUCGACUACCAUUAGGUCGACGUUUACACUUUACAGAAACAGGUUGGACAGUAUUACGUGUUCUUUCACAACGUGUUAACACAGAUGAAGUGGCUAGAGAGUUUGUUCGUGCCAAAUCAGAAUAUCGUGCACCAUCUGAGAAUGAUAAUAUUUCAAUACAACAUACUGAUGAGUAGAUUACUAUCAAUGUGUAUUUUAUAAACAAGAGCUAAACUGAACUGAAACUGACAGCAACAACAACAAAAAUAGAGAAGUCGAAAUUACCAUUACAGUAUUUUUCAUGAUUUCUUUCAUUCCCCUUUUUAUUAUGUAUAAUAAAUUUAUCUAAACAUAUACAAGCAGAUCAGCGCCUUUUUGUACUCCUCCUCCUCCUACUAUUAUGAUUAUUCUUGUGGCUUUAAUUGAUUAUUACAUGUAUAAUUACUUUUUGUAUUCAAGAUAAUAAUCGAUAACUAUUAAUGAUGCUUAUCUUACUCACUUACGCACAUUAUGGAUACAAGCACACAUUCAAUUACAUUCGAUAACAUAGCAUAACAUAGCAUUACAAUACAGAUAUCCUAUUCACAUUCAUCACAGAUGCAUACCCAUAAAUCGAUACUCUUAUGCAUACAACAUACAUCAGAAGCAUAAAUGGACAAACAGGACUAUUUCACACACACACACACACACACAUACACGGUAGAUAUACGUAUUAUCAACAGAUGGGAAAUGCCAAUUGCUUUCCUAAGAGUCACUUGUUAUUAUUGAUUUAUUUAUCGAUCUCCUUUUCUGAAAGAUGAAGAACAAUAAAAGAGUUUAUUGAAUAACUU